AUGAACAGAACUCAACUGACAUAUUUUGUAUUCUUGGGACUGUCCAAAAGAAUUGAAUUGCAAGUGCUAAUAUUCUGUGUCUUUCUGCUAGUUUAUAUUUUCACCCUAAUUGGGAACUGCUUAAUUGUUGUGGUCACCCGAGUAGAUGCCUCUCUUCAGACUCCCAUGUAUUUCUUCCUCGGGGUCCUGUCCAUCCUAGACAUUAGCUACUCUUCAGUCACUAUCCCCAAGAUGCUGCUGAAUGCACUUUCCAAAAAUAAAAACAUUUCCUACACAGGCUGCGCCACCCAAAUGUACUUCUUGCUUUUCCUAGGGAGUACAGAAUGUGUUCUCUUGGCUGUCAUGGCCUAUGACCGGUACAUAGCCAUAUGCAAUCCACUGAGAUACAUGGUCAUCAUGAACAAGAGAGUUUGCCUAUCGCUGUCUUUGUUUUCGGUAAUGAGUGGAAAUGUGGUCUCAUUGGUGCAAACAAUGUGGGUAUUCACUUUGCCAUUCUGUGGUUCCAAUAAGAUCAAUUAUUUCUUUUGUGACAUCCCUCCACUGAUUGAGCUUUCUUGUGUCGAUACUUCAAUGUAUGAGAGGCAGUUGAUGACAGCCACCAUUUUGGUUAUAUUCACUCCUUUUAUUCUCAUCUUUGUCUCGUAUGUCCUUAUCAUCUCCUCCAUUUUAAAGAUGGCAUCCAUUGAUGGCAGGUGGAAAAGCUUCUCCACUUGUUCCUCACACCUCCUGGUGGUGAUUUUGUACUAUGGGACCAGCAGCUUGAUUUAUAUAAAACCCAAAUACAUCUUCUCAGAAGACACAAGGAAGGUAGUUGCCUUGAUAUAUACUACAAUAACACCCCUAUUAAACCCUGCUAUCUACAGCAUAAGGAAUAAAGACGUCCUAAGAGCCCUGAGGAAAUACAGGGGCAGCAAGAAAACAUUUUCACACAAAAAAUAA